CGAACGAAACUUUUACGUCGAUGAUGGACUGACGAGUGUUGCAACCAAAGAUGAAGCUAUAAAGUUGGUAAAAGAAGUGAGGGAACUCUGCAGUGUUGGCAAACUGAGAAUUCACAAGUUCAUUUCCAACAACCAUGAUGUCCUUGCAUCCAUUCCGGAGGAUGAAUGUGCAGAUUCAGUGAGAAACCACGACAUGGCUCUUGGAGGGUCACAAAUUGAGAGAGCUUUGGGAAUCAAAUGGUGUGUCGUUUCAGACCAGUUCCAUUUCAGAGUGAUUGUGGAUGAACGCCCACUCUCUAGAAGAGGAGUUUUAUCAACCGUGGCAUCCAUCUAUGACCCUCUUGGGUUUGUGGCACCAUUUAUUCUGGUCGGGAAGCAAAUACUCCAAGAGAUGUGUCGAGAUAAGAUUGGAUGGGAUGAGUCAUUGUCAGAAGAUCUCAAACCACGGUGGGAGUCCUGGCUGUUGGAUUUGAAGAAUCUGGCUGAUGUCAAGAUUCAAAGAUGUUAUCUCCCAGAAGGUUUUGAGAAAGUUGAAAGAUAUGAAUUGCAUCAUUUCUCAGAUGCAAGUGUUAAAGGGUAUGGUGAAUGUUCUUACUUGAGAGCAAUCAGUGUAUCAAACCAAGUCAGCUGUUCCCUAGUUAUUGGCAAGGCCAGGGUGACUCCUACGAAGAUUACCACAAUACCCAGGCUUGAGCUGUCAGCAGCUGUUAUUGCUGUUCGAACUAGUGACCUGCUUAAAAGGGAGUUGGAAGUUCAAGCCCAAGAAUUCUUCUGGACGGACUCGAAGGUCGUUCUUGGAUACAUUAACAACAACGCUAGACGGUUUCACAUAUUUGUGGCCAAUCGUAUUCAACCUAUACAAGAAGGUUCCGAUCCAGAUCAGUGGAGAUACGUGUCCUCUGAAGACAACCCUGCUGAUCAUGCUUCGCGGGGUCUGACAGCAAAGGGACUAAUUACUUCCAACUGGCUCACUGGUCCAGAUUUUCUCUGGCAUGACAAACUUCCUGCUUGUGAUGUUAAGGUGGGAGACUUGGGAGCUGAAGAUCCAGAACUUCGCAGCACCUUCGUCCAUAAGACAUUGGCGACAGAAGAUUCGCUGCUUAAUCAUUUCUCAAGGUUCUCAAGCUGGACAAGACUAGUUAAAGCCAUUGCACGACUCAUGCGAUGUGUCAAAGAGGGCAAGGGUUUGGUGUCUAGAACCAACGAAGUCACCAGUCUUGAGGAACGAAAAGAGGCGGAGCUUUUCAUCAUAUCUACCGUCCAAAAGGAAGUGUUUUCUGAAGAAAUCAAAGACCUAAAAUCCAAGAAGCAGAUAACAAGGGACAGCACAAAUAGGCUGCGCAAACUGAAUCCUUUCUUGGAUGAAAUGGGUGUGCUCAGAGUAGGAGAGCUACUUGAUGACAUGACAAGUGAUGCCUUUAUUAAUGCUCUGCGAACAUUGAUUGCCAUUCGUGGAAAUGUUCGGCAGCUUCGAUCAGAUCAGGGAACCAACUUUGCUGGAGCAAGACGAGAGUUCUUGGAAUCUCCAUAUGGGUGGAGCCUGGGAAAGGCAGAUCAGGACGAUAAGGAGUGUGCUGACGUCCAUCCUGGAUCAUUCGUCCAAAAGACUUGA